UUCUGUUUCCCCUCGGUGCUGCGCGCCAUUGGGCCCUCAUUUCUUCCGUGUACUUAAUUUUUUCGUCUACUUCGUGUGUACACUGGAAUCGAAAAUCUGUCUUUCUCUCUUUCUCUCCCAAGUCAUCCCCAUCUCAGCGCAACUCCGUCCUCCGAAUCCUCCACUCCGCAAAUCUUCCUCGCAUCGCGACACUCCCAUCCAUGAACCCUCGAACUCUCCAUUGAUAUCCUAUACAAAUACACCGCCAUGGCCCACUCGAAACGCAACACCUCCCUCCCCCACUUCACCUCCUACGAGCGCGACCUCCUCCGCUCCAGCUGGGGCACCAAACGCGGCGUCAUCGGCCGCGACUCCUUCCUCCCAUUCGGCUCCUGUCGCCUGUGCCUCCACCCGGCGCGAGCCCCCGUCGUCGCCUGCGCCACCAACGGCGACCUCUUCUGUCGCGAAUGCGCCAUCAGCGAUCUGCUAGCCCAACGGCAGGAGAUUAAGCGCCUCGAGAAGGAACGCGAUGAGGCCAAGAAACGCCUCGCGGAGGACGAAGAUCGCGCGUUAGAGGAGGCGCGGACGCGGGAGCUUCAUGACUUUGAACUGGUUAGCAUGGGAUUGGAAGCCGCGAAGAAGAAUCAGGGCUCGGGCUCGUCACAAAGUACAGACAAUUCGAAAAAGCGGAAAGCGGAGACGGAGGCGCUGGCGGCGUUCAAGGCACGGGAGAUAGAGGUGGAUGGGAAACGCAAGAAGGUGUUUGAGUUGGAUGAGAAGGAGAUGGCUCGGAUUGCGCGAGAGGAACAGGAACGGUUGAAGCAGGAGCUGAAGAAAGAAAAGGAGUCGAAUAAAUCAGCCCUGCCUUCGUUCUGGGUGCCCUCCCUCACGCCUACCACCGAUCCGAACGAAAUCGCUGCCAAUAAGGCCGUCAAACUCGCGCCUAUUUGUCCGGCUUCUUCGGAAACCAAUCGCCAUAGCUACUCGCUCAAGUCCCUGGUGGAAGUCCAUUUCACGGAGGAGAAAGGGUCAGAUGGAUCCAUGGCCCGGGUCUGUCCGAGUUGCAAGAAGACGCUGACGAAUGCGCUGAAAGCAACGUUAACAAAACCCUGUGGGCAUGUUAUCUGUCAACCCUGUGUCAAAAAGUUCAUGACCCCCCACGACGCCCCCGAUCCACACGCGAGCAAAGAGGAGCAGGAACUGACGGCAGCAUUGCACGGCCGGAUUCUCUGCUAUGUCUGCGAGACGGAUGUCACUCCGACGGCAUCAGGCGAAGGCAAGGACUCGGGGAAGAAGAAAAAGAAGGACAAGGAAGGCAUUCGGCCGGGGCUGGUGGAGGUCAGCUCCGAGGGGACCGGAUUUGCGGGACGAGGAGGAAAUGUCGCGACCAAGACGGGAGUUGCAUUCCAAUGUUGAAUGUGAGUGGUAUGUGUACGAUGUAGCUUGUCUGCUGAGAUGUUCACUAGCUGCCACGACAGCUCACGGCAAUAUCAAGGCCUGUAUAGAACAAGCCCUUCUAGUUCUCCAACCCGAGACAGGGUGCCUACUAAAGUAACGCUGAUGAAGAAGAACCAUAAUUACACAGCAUUUACAGGCCAUGUGAAGAAGGA